GGAGACGGCAGAGAUGCGAUGGCGGACUCACUGCCCCUGGAGAUGCUCACAUAUAUCCUGAGCUUCCUACCUCUGUCAGAUCAGAAAGAGGCCUCCCUCGUGAAUCGGGCUUGGUACUGUGCAGCCCAGAAUGCCCUUCGGGAGACAAAUGUGCGGUACAACAUUCCUGUGUCCUCUGCCUCACUCUCAGCAAUCAAGAGCUUGGGCCUCAGGGGCAUCUCAUGCAUCAGUUUGACCAACCUAGAUGGCUCACCAGCUUCGCACCAGGUACUGCAGUCUGUUGCUUACCACUUAGGCCCACACCUGGAGAGUUUAUGCCUGGGAGGGGGCAGCCCCACAGAGGCAUCCUUCUUGGCCUUGAUCCUGGGAUGCCCAGCCCUGCGCACCCUUGACCUCAGUGGCUGCAACAGUCUCUUCACAUCAGGCACUCUGCUGGCUCAGCCUGAGACAGCACGGUGUGUUCGGAAGGCAUUGAGUGGCCUUCGUGAUCUUAACCUGGCUAGCCUGCGUAACCUGACUGACCUUAGCUUCAACCAUCUCAGCGGUUGUUUCCCCAGCCUGGAGCGCCUCUCCUUGGCCUACUGCCAUCUUACCUUUGAGUUAGGCCCAACCUGGGGCUCCAUUAACCCCCAAGCGUCCUCUCCCUCCCAGCUUUCCUUCCACAACCUGCUCCAGUUUGUCAAAGAGCGAGCUGGUAGGCUGCGUGCCCUAGACCUCAGUGGUACUGGCUUGCCACCUGAGGCCCUACAAGCCCUGGGCCAAGUGACUGGACUGCAGCUGGAGGAACUGAGCUUGCAUAGCUGUAGAGACCUCUCCUCAGAGGCCGUGGCCACCCUGUGCCGCCAGCAGCCCGGCCUUACUUCCCUGGACCUCAGUGGUUGCUCAGAACUGACUGACGGGGCACUCUUGGCUGUGAGUCGAGGCCUGCGACACCUGCGGCACUUGAGUCUGAGGAAACUGCAGCGACUGACUGAUGCAGGUUGUACAGCCCUGGGAGCCCUGCACAAACUGCAGAGCCUGGACAUGGCUGAGUGCUGUCUGGUGAGCGGGCGGGAACUGGCGAAGGUCUUAGGCUCAGUUCACAGAGCUCCACCCGCACUGACUUCCCUCAGGCUGGCUUACUGCUCUUCACUGAAGGAUGCCUCAGUGCUUUCCAUGAUUCCAGCACUGGGCCCAAGCCUCAAGGUGCUAGACUUGUCCUCCUGUGUAGCCCUCACUAACCAGACCAUGCAGGCCAUCUGUACCUACCUCAUUCACCUGUCAGUCCUGCGCCUGGCUUGGUGCAAGGAGCUCCAGGACUGGGGGCUUCUGGGGCUGAAGGAGCCAAGUGAGAAGCCUGAGCUAAGUUCCCAGCUACACCAAGAGGUGAAAAAUCAGGCCCUAGAUCCUCAGGAGCCUAAUUCUGACCCACAAGGCCCCUCCCUGCUCAUGCUUCAGGCCCUGCAGGAGUUGGAUCUCACAGCCUGCUGCAAGCUGACAGAUGCCAGUUUGGCCAAGGUGCUCCAGUUCCCUCAGCUGAGGCAGUUGUCAUUGAGCCUGCUGCCAGCGCUCACAAACACGGGUUUAGUGGCUGUGGCUAGGGGCUGUCCCAGCCUGGAGCGCUUGGCAUUGAGUCACUGCAGCCAUCUCAGUGAUGAGGGAUGGGCUCAGGCAGCCAGGUUCUGGCCAAGGCUCCAACACCUCAACCUGUCCAGCUGCAGUCAGCUCACAGAGCUAACUCUGGAUGCCAUUGGGCAGGCAUGCAAGCAGCUUCGAGUGUUGGAUGUGGCCAUGUGUCCUGGCAUCAACAUGGCAGCUGUCAGGCACUUCCAAGCGCAGCUCCCUCAGGUGACCUGCAUCCAGUCUCGCUUCGUGGGAGGGGCUGACCUGACCCUAACACUCUGAGGCCAGGUCUGUUACUAUCCCUGAAGCUCAUCCUCCUUCACCAGCAUAGCCCCAGCCCAGGCCUCCAGACCUGUGUUAGCCCCAGGGCCUCCUGCCUUCCCCUGCUCUAGAACCUUUCCUAAGACUCAGGACGGAACCAAUCCAGGAUACAUGCAGCCCGAGUACCCCACAGAUGGCAGCAGCCUCUUUCCGGCUGCACGUUGCUUCCAUGGGCUCUGUUCUAAAGGUCAGGGCCACAGGGGGUUAUGGGCCUGGUGCUGAGGAAGGGCAGACUCUGUGCCUCCUGCCAGCCUACCACUCAGACCUCUGUUUUGCCUGCUCUCCAGGGGUCUCUUCCAACCCUCCUGAGCAUUAGCAGUCAAUCCACCAACUUUAUUGUAA